UCACAUCCCACUGUACCAUUGUCCGACUGUAGAAGAUCGCUCUUCAUACUUAUCAAAUCAAGUUGCACUUGGUCAGUCCUAUCGAAGAUCACCAAACAUGUCUGCGAAUACAAUUCCAAACUUAGCCAGAAUCUCACGGGAGCGUCUGGCGGAGCUUGUUCGGGCCAAGCAACCUGGGCUCGCCAUCAUCGACGUACGUGAUAGCGAUUUCAUCGGCGGCCAUAUCGUAGGUUGUCAAAACGUGCCAACCAACACCCAUGAUCACGCUAUGCCUGAACUUGUCCGAAACCUUAGAGAUCAGGACACUGUUGUUUUCCAUUGCGCCUUGUCCCAGCAGCGAGGUCCAUCGAGCGCUCUUCGAUAUCUCCGUGAACGGGAGCGAUUUGCCAGCAGCAAGAACCAAGAGUCAACGUCCGAGUAUAAGACAGAAGGCAGCUCGGAAGACAAGGCAGCCGAUAAGAAAGCUCAGACGGUCUAUGUGCUUGAAGGCGGAUUUACGAAGUGGCAGGAGGUGUUCGUAAAGUACCACGUCGGCAACCACACUGUCACCAAGCUGACUCUAAUUUAUUUAGGUACGGAGAUGACAAAGAGCUGACCGAGAGUUACCGGAAGGAGCUAUGGCAAGACGACUAGUGUAAACUACUCUGCUAGAGAACGCCAAUCGGAAUCACAACAGAUC